AUGUACUGCUUAGCGACCUGUCAGACGAUGCUCUAUGGCAACCGUAAGCGAACAGUGGAACGUGAGAGGAGCAACACCGUGAUUAUGUUGUUCCGCAUACUUGGUUCUGCUGGGGUUGGUCUGGCGUCAUGCCUGUAUGAGGGUACUAACAGGAUCAAUUGGCUAGGAACGUUUCGCGCCUACAACGGUGUCUGGGCGCUCACGACGGGUCUUGGCUUUUAUGUGCUUGGUAGGUCUCGGAACGAGAUUGACCUGAGCUCUGACGUUGAUGUUGUCAAAAAUUCUAAUGACGGACCGCCACAAAACAGCAAUAAAUUCUUCACAUUUGCUUUCCAAACUCUCAGACGCAACUCAAUGAGAGCGGUGGCGAUAUUAUACGCACUGCAGGGUUAUAUCAGCGCUUUAUCUACUAAUUUUUUGUGUUUAUUUAUGAUGGUGGUGUGCGCCAAGAAACCUUCUUCGCCUUUAAGUUCCCUUCUACAAGCACUCUCUUUUGCGGCGCCACAUGGCCUCUCUGCGCUAAUAGUACGACUCUACGGAAGAUAUGGGAAGAAAAAAACGGUUUCCGUGAUAUUGCUACUGCGCUGGAUCCUGGGGUUCCUAUUGUUGUUGUUGUCUGUGCAAAUGAUGCGCAACGCACGUGGUGAUGGCGGUAUCGAUGCCAGAAACCUAAAUCGGGUGGAGCAGCGCGCCACAACUACGGCCACGAUCCAUGGGUAUGGCAUCGCCUUUGCAAUCCUAUUCUUCACACACCGCACCCUCACGGAGAUCACGACGGACCUUCAUUCGGCCGUUUUGGCGGACGUUACCGAUGAGGAUACAGUUAUCUUCGGCCGAAACGAUUCCAUGUCAGCCGCCAUACAGCAUCUCAUUUCAAUACCCUCAAAGCUCCUCCACUCGCUGGCGAUAAUUUUUACAUGUAUAUACUUGAACACGAUCGAUGCGAUACCACUCGAUGUGCCUCAUAUAACAGAAAGCAGUAGGAAGGAUAUCAAUGUUGCAGCAAAGGUAGUAUGGUUCAUUGGGAUUAAUAUACUCUUAGUCUCAACAUUGAUGCUAGCUGUAUGGGUGAAAUGGUAUGAUCUGAGUGAUAAGUAUCUGGCCUUCGUUCAGACCGCUAUGCGCAAAAGAGUAGAAAAGGCGAUGAUUGGAGUUGUAUGA